AUUGCGCUCUUUGCAGAACGCGGUGUGGACGUUAGGUUGUCGUGACAGUGGUAUCUGUUGGUGGGAGUGGUUGAGCGAAGAAAGAGCAGAAAGCAGAAAUGGCGGCUGACAUGUUUUCAAAAGUCAUGGAGAACCAGUUAUUGCAGACUGCCAAGAUGAUGGAGGAGCAGCUGGAUGCUGAGAUGGAAAAGCUAGAUAAGAUGGAUGACGAUGAAUUGGAGCUCCUAAAGGAAAAGCGACUAUUAGCUUUAAAGAAGGCUCAGCAGCAAAAACAGGAAUGGAUGUCCAAAGGCCAUGGUGAAUACAGAGAAAUUCCCAGUGAGAGAGAUUUCUUUCAAGAAGUGAAAGAAAGUAAAAAUGUUGUCUGUCACUUUUACAAGGACUCUACCAUAAGGUGUAAAAUAGUGGACAAGCAUCUUGCAUUGCUGGCUAAGAAACACAUAGAAACCAAGUUCCUGAAGCUGAAUGUGGAGAAAGCUCCUUUCCUGUGUGAGAGACUGCGGAUAAAAGUCAUCCCAACUCUUGCCCUGGUGAAAGAUGGAAAGACCAAAGAUUACGUGGUUGGUUUUACUGAUUUGGGCAAUACAGAUGAAUUUACCACAGAGACUUUGGAGUGGAGACUUGGCUGUGCUCAUAUUAUUAACUACAGUGGCAAUCUAAUGGAACCCCCAUUUCAAAGUCAGAAAAAAAGUGGCACUCAGUUCACAAAGCUGGAGAAGAAAACUAUACGAGGACAGAAGUAUGAUUCGGACUCAGAUGAUGAGGACUGAUUUGCCAGAAUCCCUGACUGGACUUUCCCUAGACUCAUGCUAUAAGUUGAACCAGAUUUAUGAUCAUCAUCCCUAUCCUCUGGAUUUAAUAAGCACUCAUCUUGCAGUUCUGCGGGCAUAUUGAUCGGCUUUGUAAAUAUAACAUUACUUUGUUUGAGAAAAGCACUUAAAAAACACAUUAAAUAUUUGUUCUAAGCUGACUGCGAUCCUUCAA